AUGUCGUCCUUUCAUCCCGUUAACUCGGUUCCUACCGCUGCACGACAAAAUAUGGACGACGCCACUAGCAGCUCGAACGCCUCUUCCACACCCCGCGUAGAUCUUUCGAAAAGGUCGCACACUCAACCUCUCGCCUCCUCGUCCAAUAUAACGGCGGAAAAUGAACGGGAUAGUGGAUAUGGAAUGAUGAACGGCGAUGUUGAAAAACGAUCCAAUCACAGCCCUCUUGUCUCGAAUACGGCUUCGACAGACAGUCCCGGUCGAACACAUAGUCGAGAGGGCUCUUCUGCCCAGUCCUCUGUACCCGAGGACCACGCUGUGGGUGACUCUGAUGCAGAGCAGGAUGCGGGGACUGAUAAUGAUGUAGAAGUGGGUGAUAGUGCGCCUCCUUCAAAAAAGAAGAGGGGGCAGCGCUUCUUUUGCACAGAUUUCCCACCUUGCACACUGAGUUUUACGAGAAGUGAACACCUUGCCCGCCAUAUAAGGAAACAUACUGGAGAACGUCCCUUUCAAUGCCAUUGUUCUCGACGGUUUUCACGCCUGGACAAUUUGCGACAGCAUGCUCAGACUGUACACGUAAAUGAGGACAUCCCCGGAGACUCCCUUGCUGCUACAGGAACGCGGUUUCAACGUCAAAUCCGCACUGAUCGCGUCAGACCACCUGGCAGGAACCGUGCAGGUACCGUUGGCAGCAUCUCAGGACAUAGUCGAGGCCAUGGCAAGAAUUUAUCAACCUCGAGUAUUGGAUCCACCGUAUCCAGUUACAGCCAGUCUCAGGAGAUUCGUCGCCGCCCACCACCCCUGAUGAUGGCCGGUGAUGGCACUGCUAGAGCCAGAUUAUCCCUUGAGACCAUGAACUCUCCCCCAAGAACCCCACCCGCCCAGAUCCACGGAUUUUCUGUUCAGUCUCCUAGCAGCGGCCUGUUUACACCCGUUUCUGCUACGCAUCCCUCUGGGGAUCCGGCAGGGUAUUAUUACGGAUCACCCGCCUCAGCAAGUUCAGCCUUUUGGGCAGAAAGGGGCUCAGGACGUCGUUUGUCAUUCCCUUCGAGUGUGCGACAAUUUGACCCAGCGAGUACAUAUCCUCCCCCAUUCGCUCGACCUUUGGCUCCAUCGAAUUCAUCAUACGUAAAUGGCGGAAGUGUUUUUGGGAGCCCAAACACCUCGCAACCACCUCAAGAUGAGCCGCAUCUGUCGCCGUCAGAAGCUGAUUGGCGAAGGAGGACAUGGCAUCCAUCUUCACAAACAGGCUUCAGCCGUCCUGCAAGCAGUGGACUUUGGUUCAACCAGCCGGCUGAUAGGCCCCAACCCGCUUUUGCACCGAAUCUACAUUCUCAAAAUCCUCCACCUCGCCUGCCUGGAAUUGAAAGUUUUGAUCAUGUCCAGCAACGUCCCUCUACACCCCCAAGACGGGAACCGACCCCCAUGCAAGUCGAUAGGCCGUUACAACCUCCUAAUGCAGCUCCUGUUUUUGCUCCGACAUUCGCCUCCCAGGCAUCCAAUGCUCGACCCCCUCCCAUUUCCGGACCGGGUCAUCGGAGAGCUCAUCUUUCAUUUGACAUGUCCCUUCAUCAGAACCUGACCAAACUCGAUAUCCGUGGAAAUUCAUCCUCGAACAAGGACGCAUCGCAGUGGAGUCAACAAACAAUCGGGGAACUCCGAAAUAUCGCAUCACGACCAUUUACUACUUCCUUCCAGCAGCCGCAACCGCAACCGCGGCAACAACCUCAUGAAUCAACGAUAAGCCAGGCUCAGGACGCACCCAGGCCUCGCGAAAAGCCAGCUGCUGGCCCAAGCCCUAAUGGACCAACAACCCCCACCCAGAAUAAAAGACAUGGAUGGUAUAAUGGGCCUCUCUCAACAAUAACGGCAAGUAGUCACCAACCCGUCCACACGUCUCCGGAGGAUUCGAGCAGUAGUGAAGGCGUAGCAACGCCAUCUGGGUCUGCGCCAGAAUAUCACCCUGCAAUCGUACCAAGCAACGGCGGUAUUGAGGGACAUCACUCCCGUGUCCGGUCUGAAAAUACUCACAAUCCCUGUGCCCCACAGACAUCUCAGACUAACAAUACCGCUUACCCUAUACAUCCUCCACACCCUCCAAACGCCGAGCCACGACAUGUCUUCUACUCGGGCAAUUCCAGCAAUCAUACGGGUGCUGGUAUGGCGCGCUUAGAGGCUCUCGUUGCAGUUGCAACGAGCGAGAACAAGGGCAUGGGCACUUUUAUUUAA